ACUCUCCUACGUGGCAUAUCUAAGAAUUCACAAUUUAAAAUCCCUGCAAUUCUAGAGCUUCUAGCUUUAAAAUGUACAUCCCACGUGGCAAUAUACAUCCACGUCAUUUAUUUUAUUUAAUUUAUAGCAAACCCUAAGUCCUAAUCUUUGGACCUCUUUCACACACACAGCCGCCCACGCCGUCCUCUGCCUCUGCGCGAAUCCAGUCGCCCACCUCCCCACCAACCCCCGCCAGACGCCGUUCUGCUGCCGCGAUUCAGACGCCAUCCUCCGCUCCGCAGUCGUCUACCUCCCCGCCAACCACCGUCAACCGCCGUCCUGUUGCCGCGAUUUAGAUGUGGUCCACCGUCUGGCGAUUCAGACGUCGUCUUGGCCUUCUGUGCGAAUCCAGCGGCGCCGUCCUCCGCCCAGUCCAGCCCGAAGCUCAGCCCUCCGGCGCCGUCCUCCUUCCCCACCGUGAUUCAUCGAGCCUAGAGUGACUCUCCUCUCUCUUUCCCUUGCCGCGAUUCGCCGCACCCCAUCUUUUCUCUGACCUUCCUCUCCCCACCGCGUUCAGUCAUGGAGCUUGCAAUGACAGUUUUUAGGCUUCCUGUGUUUUUCAAGCAGAGGGACAGUCUAUUCUACCCAGCUUGGGCCUUCGCGUUGCCAAUUUGGGUGCUUUCUAUUCCCAUCUUUGUCGAUCAUCUUCACCUACUACACCAUUGGAUUUGCACCUUCUCCUGUUAGGUUCUUUAAACAACUGUUGGCCUUCAUUGGGGUGCAUCAGAUGGCUCUCUCCCUCUUCCGUUUCAUUGCUGUAGUAGGAAGAACUCAAGUCGUUGCAAACACAUUUGGAACUUUCGCCUUGCUGUUGGUGUUUGUGUUGGCAGGCUUUGUUGUUGCAAAGGAUGAUAUCCAAGAUUGGAUGAUAUGGGGUUACUACAUCUCUCCUAUGAUGUAUGGACAGAACGCAAUCGCCGUUAAUGAGUUCCUCUAUGAGAGAUGGAAUGCAACUGCGCCUGCUAAUUCAUGUGAGUCAACUGUAGGCAAGACCCUUCUCAAGGACAGAUGUUUGUUCACAACGGAGUCGUGGUACUGGAUCUGCAUCAUAGCUCUCUUUACCUUCUCUCUGCUGUUCAACGUCCUCUUCGUUGCUGCAUUGACAUACUUGAACCCUCUGGGCGAUAACAAGGCCAUCAUAAGCGAUGAAAACGAGGAUAGCAAGAACAAAAAAUUAUGACUAAUUCGGGUUUUCUAUCUUUAGACCGAUUACGAGCCUGAACAAAAAAUUGGAGACCCUCGAAUGCGGACAUGAAUACCACAGUGAGUGCAUAAAGAAGUGGUUGCUGAUGAAGAAUAGUUGCCCUUUAUGUAAAUCCCCAGCCCUGAGAGUCGAUUGAUGUUGGCCGAAAAGUUUGAACCUCUUGGUAAUUAUUCUAUAAUCAAGAGUACUUGAUUCAUGUAUUAUAUUUUUGUAUAUACAUGCAAAAAUAUUACUGCCUCCCAAAAUGUAUAGACCCAUUUGUUUGUGGUGCUUAUCAUGAAACAUGGAGUAGUAUUUAAUUUCCUACUUGAA